UCCAACAUCGUCUCCACUGGAAUCGAAAUUAGGUCGUUAAAGUAAUCGCAAGAAUGGCCAAUUCCCCAGUACAUAAUCCGGAAAUUCCAUAUGUGGGAAAAAUAGAAGGAGGCCUGAGGGCAGGUACAAUGGUGAAGAUACAAGGCAAGGUGCCACCACAGGCUGUACGAUUUGCUAUCAAUUAUCAGCUCGGACCGACGUUAAAUCCAAGAGAUGACAUAGCAAUUCAUGUAUCUCCGCGCUUUCCUGAAGGCUUUAUUACUAGAAAUCAUAUAGAGUCGAUGACCUGGGGCAUGGAGGAGAAUGCUGGCCCAAUGUGGAUUCAGCCAGGCCAGGAAUUCGAGAUACUGAUUCUAUGUGACCAUCACUGCUAUAAGAUUGCCAUCAAUGGCAAGCACUUCACAGAAUUCGCCCAUCGAUUACCGUUCAUAAAAGUUACUCAUUUGGUUAUCGAUGGUGACGUUGAGAUACACUCUAUCACAUAUGAACAAGUAUUAGUCGAAUCAUCAAAACCCUCAGUACCAGAUGAUGUAGAAACUGCUAAUUUUGGACCACCACCUCCAGGUGGUUUGUAUCCAACGAUCCAACCUCAAGGUGGAUACGGCCCUCCUCCUGCAACUGGUUAUGGUCCUCCCCCUCCGACUGGUUAUGGUCCUCCUCCUCCUCCUCCUACUGCCUAUGGUGGCCCUGGUGGUUACAAUCCACCAAGAGCCUAUGGAUAUCAGCCUGAUCAGAAAGCAGAGGAAGAAGGCGUUUUUGGAGAUUGUCUGGACAAAGUUGGAUUAGCAUUAGGUGGAUUAGUGGCAGCUGGAGGUGUAGCGGCAGCCAUGCAUGCGAUGAAUAAAAAGAAGGAAGAAACCGAAGAAAAGGAUCAUGAAAAAUCAGAUGCUUCUAAGUCAAAAACGGAAAGCGAAAGUGGUUUCGGAAAUUUAGCUGGAUCUCUUGGGAUGGCUUUAGCUAGCAGCUUGGCAAGCAAUGCCUUGCACAGUAACUCACACGCACAACAAGGCUAUCCCGCUCAGCAAUCAGGUGGUGGUGGUGGUGGUGUCUUCGAUUCUAUUUUAGGAGCAUUAGGCGGUGGAGGAUCUCAACAGCCUGCUUAUCCAAAUCAACCAUCUUCUGGUGAUGGUCUGAGCGGAACAUUAGGAUCUCUACUCGGUGGUGUUCUCGGCGGUGGUGGAGGUCAUCAGCAACCAGCAUAUCAACCUUCAGGAGGAUAUGGUGGAUACCAACCAUCGGGUGGAUACGGCGGCCAAAGUUCUGGCGGAUCGGACCUGUUGUCGGGAAUUGGAUCGGCCUUAUUCAGUUCGGCUCUAGAUGGUCUGAAUAAACGUGGAAAAGAUAAAUCUCAUGACGAAUACCGUUCUGGACCUCCUCCAAGUUAUGAGCCUCCACCGCCAACACCGCCAGCCCCGCGUUCGGAAACUCCACCGUCUUCAGGUGGCCACAAAUUAACUGCGGAUGAAAUUUCAAAGGGACUUGGGCUGGAUGAUUAAACGCGUCGGAAGACUUUGACCUGCAAGUACACUCAUAGUGACGAUCUUAUGCUCUCUUGUUGCUUGAAAAUGUAAUCUACGUAUCAUUACGAAUCUCGUUUAUCGAAAUAUGCUAUUUUUAUUAUUUUUUUAUAUUUUUUUGAUAUCAGCGGAUAUUUAGUUAUUAAUGGCAGCUGCAUCAAAUAUAAAUGUGAGAGAAUGCUACUCGAUAUUAUAUACGAAUCUCAUAAACGUUAUGAAUUCUCAUAUGGAUAUUAAGUAGAACUGUAAGUUCCAAAAUCGCUUUUAAAUACUUUAAAGUUGCAUAUUUUAGGUAAGACUCAAAAGAAAUCAAACACACUGCUCUUUACAAAGUUAUACCUUCCAUGAAAUAGUCCGAAUGAGAGCUGUACAAGUAUAGCAGGAAGUUAAUAUUUUUUAAGGUUAUAUUUUUAUAUAAAAAUUUUAUUAUUUUAUAAGAGUGGCCUUA